CCGACUACUACUACUACUACACCCAAGACCCAGACCGCGGCACCAUAACAAACCCGGGCUCACGUAGGCGUUUUAGGUCAAUUAUCGGCUUCAAUUAAUGUGACAGGCCGGCAGCGAUCCCCUGGUGGCAGUUAAACCCCUGAGGCACCGGCGGGAUGGAGGAUAAUUACGCCAGCAGCCAGGAGAGCACGCAGCAACUGCGGGACACCCAGGACCUGCAAGACUUAGCGGUGGUGAUUGAGGAGCAGGAGGCAGAUGGCAGGACUGUGUGGGGGAGACUCUUUGCCAUCCAGGAGCCUCUGGCCUCUUACAACUUGACCAAGAAGGUCCACACCUUCGGCCGCGGGGAUGUGGACCACCGCUUCACCAGCACCAACUUUGACCGCGCUCUCCUGCCCUUCAUCUCCAGCCUGCACUUCAAGAUUGUGUUAGACGAGAAGCAGGAUGGGGAGCCGCUAGUCAUUCUGGAGGACCUGUCGCUCAACGGAAUGUAUAUUAACGGAAAGUCCACCAAGGGAACGAACAGAUGCGUCCUGCAGAAUAACUGCGAGAUCGGCUUCGCAAACCCCACCAAGAAAUUGUAUGUGUUCUAUGACUGCUUGAAGAAUGACGCCGAGGACUACCCAAGGGAGCUAACACAGGUCUACACCAUCUCCAAGAAGCUCGGGGAAGGGUCCUUUGGGGAGGUGCGACUGGCCUAUAGACAGGGAACGCUCGAAAGGUGCGCCAUCAAGAUCCUGAGGAAGAAGGGAACUUGCAUGGCCCUCAACAACCUCAAGCAGAUCACCAACGAAAUCAACCUCCUUAAAUCAGUGAACCAUCCGUGCAUCAUCAAGUUCCUGGAUGCCGUGGAGACCCCAGAGAAGAUGUUCAUAGUGAUGGAGGCGGCGGGCGGCGGGGAGCUGUUCGACCGCCUGGUGUCCCGCUCACUCCCGGAACCCACCGUCAAGUUCUUUUUCUAUCAGCUGUGUCUUGCGGUCCAGUACUUACACCAGCAUAGGAUCACACACAGGGACAUCAAGCCUGAGAACAUCCUGCUUGCCACCACCGAGGAGUUCACGACCAUCAAGCUGACAGACUUCGGGCUCUCCAAGCUGGCCGCCGAUGCCUCUCAGAUGACUACAUUCUGCGGGACCUUCAUCUACAUCGCCCCCGAGCUGCUGGACACCACCAUCGCCACCUACACCAGCCAAGUGGACAUGUGGAGCCUGGGGGUGGUGCUCUACGUCAGCUUUACCGCCACGUCGCCCUUCCACGGCACGGACAUGGAGGUGCGGCAGAGCAUCCUACAGGCCAGAUACAGCUUCAACAACGAGGUGUGGAAGAACGUGUCAGAGUCAGCACGGGACCUCAUCAUGCGGCUGCUAGUGAGGGACCCAGCGCUGAGACUCGACGCUACGGCUGCCCUUCGACACUCCUGGCUGCAGGAUGAGGACAUGAAGCGGCAAGUCGAGAAGCUCCUGCAGGCACCUCCUCCGACCUUCUCUCCCGGCAAGAAGCGGCCACUGGAGGACGAGGACGAGGAUGCAACGCGACUUAUGGACAAAACCCCGAAGCUGACCAAUGGGUUCAAGGAGGAGGUGAUGCUGGGAAAGUGGUAAAGUUGGGCAUUUGGGCAUUGUAGCAAAUUGACUUUUCUCUCUAGCCAUCUUCAAGACGCUGCUUCCUCCUUUGAUUACUGGAAAGGACUUGUGCUGGGGUCCUUUGAUAGCUGGAAAGGACUUGUGCUGGCUGGGGUUAGUGUUGUAAUAAUCAUCAGGCAUUGUAGUGAAUUCAUAAUUCUCUCUAGCCAUCUUCAAGACUCUCUGGCCUUCUUUGAUAGCUAGAAAGGAUGUGUUGGGGUUAAUGUCUUUAUAAUCAUCAGGUAUUACUGUGGAUUCAUAGUUCUCUCUUGCCAUCUUCAAGACUCUGGCCUUGUCUUGGGUUUAGCAUUGUAAUAAUCAUCAGGCAGCCUUGGGGUUCUCAUAAAGGUGCUUUUGAAGGCAACUCAUAACAUAUGAUGUAUUCUCAUUGCUGGGGUAUUAUUCAUCAGAAAUUCUACAAGUAGUAUUCAUUACACAAGAGAUACUUUUUUUUUUCCUGAAGAUUCCUUUUUUAAUAGAGUUCUGCCCAGGGAGAUUUGUUAUGGUGUGUGGGUUUGUGCAACCACUGCUAAUGUUUAUGUUUGUGAUGAUGUAAGUGCUCUGCAAGUUUGUUGUAAGAUGUGAAUAGAAGUACAAUUUUAUAAUUUUUGUGUGUUAAGUUGUGGUCCAAGCAGCAGGUUGCUGUCUGCUUGUUUUGCUGUGCGUCGCGCCUCAACGCCCACUCUACAUUUUUGGGAAGAGAGUGAUGAGGAAAUACUAAAAUAUAGGUAUAUUAAUAAUGUUAACUAAACUUAUAAAACAGUUAAGAAUAACUGAAUUAUUAAUAUUAAUUAUAUGUUAAUUACAUACUUCAGAAGUAUGAUGGAAUCUCACAUUCAUCUGCAGAAAUUGGUGUUAAGAGUGAGUGUGGGUAAUGGCUGUGCUUUUGUGAAAUUACACUGUGAUGAUGAUUUGCUUUUGCAGACAUUUUCUGUAAAUUCAUUGAACAAAAAUGCCUCGGAGUAAAGUGUUUAUGCAGCAGUUCAUGGCACUGUCACAUAACUACCCUCAAUAAAAUAUUUCACAAUUUUAGGCACCGUACAAAACCACUGACAUCUUGAGGCGGCCAGAUAAACAGAGUACAACAGAGUGCAACAGUAACUCACACUAGAUAAAUGCCUGUAAAUUGCCUUGUUUGUGAAAUGAGGUCCUUAAGGGAGGAGGCAAGAGAAAGUAAUGUCAUAAAUAAAAGGGAAUCAGAAUUAUAGAGGAGACAACAAGAAAAUAAGUACUGAAGUGGGAACAAAGGUGUGCAAAUCAAACCAAAAGGAAAUGGGAGAACACAGGAGGAGAGAAGAUAAGGAUAUUACAAACAAUGGAAAGAGUUGAAGAUACAAUGAUGAGUGAGGAUGAUAAGAGUUGCCUCUGGUCCUGCCUCCCCUCCCUCUAAGGGACUGUUUUCUGUCUCAUUUCUUUAAAGAAUGAUGUCAUCACCUCAACCCCAUGGGAACAAUACUCGUGUCAAGAAACUACUUAAGUUCCUGGUCGUAAAUACAGAAAACUUAUUAUGCAUUGCAUUUAAAAAUAUAUUUGCCUUAAAACUUAAAUUUAAUGCUGAAUAGGGAAAACCUCUUCUAGUUCCUGUCUUUAUAAAUAUGUUAGUGUAAUGCAGGAAGGGUUCAUGCUCGGUACUGUUAACCUUCAUAGUGAGGCUGUGUGUAGGCUCUGCCACGCCACACUGUAGGAGUGGCGGUGCUUUUGAACCCUUGUUUGGUCCAGGGCACCAGACAUGGCUGCAUCAUAUGUUAUACAUAAUUGAUUUAAAUAGCCAUGUCUUCUGCCAUGGAUUUGAGUACAUAAUAUUCAUAUAAAUAUAUAUAACAUAUGUUAUAUUUAUAUGCAAAUAUUCUAUAAAAUAGGCCCUCUCAAUAUUACUGAUAGGGCUUUUCUUUCUGCAUUAAGAGUACCUUAUUUUUCCAAUUAAAAAUUAAAAAAAUACUAUUAUUUUUGCAGUUAAUUUGAACAAGUAUAGCUGAAAAUAUUUUUCUUUGCCCUGUUAUAUUCACAAUGACUUAUUACUUUGUGAAGUGCAGCUGAAAAUGCUCACCGUUUGUAAUAAAAAAUAAUUUAAA